AUGGCUACAACUGCAAAAGCAGAUACAACAACUGAGUUUUUCUUUUUGAAUUAUUUGGCCAACAUAAUAGAUUUUUUUGACAAGAAUAAGCUGAAAGGAUAUUAUAUUAUAAUGGGCAAUGAUCUUUUUCACAGAUAUAUUGCUAUGAGAGAUUGUAAAGGCGUCUACAAUUAUAGCAAUAUCGUCCAGAAAGAUGCAAUAAAGGACUUCAUUGAUGCAUGGAUGCGUCUAAGACGAUAUAAGGUUCCUGUGUGCACCACUACUUAUCACCGAUGUUACAAUCCGUUUUUAGUUCUGAUAGUCGUUUCCCAAUCCAAUGGGCCAACGGUGAAUAUAUUUCGUAAUUUUGUCCAGCUAUACUUUUUGCCAAGCCUUUCAUCGAGAUUAGUACAAUUACGAAGCAUUGCAUUGGAAACAAUUACAAAAGCGGAAUCAAUAAUUAUUAUUGUCUCUGAAAAUAUACAGCACGAUCAAUCCAACGAUCUACCAAAGACAUCUUGCUCCGAAAAUGAACUUGUCUUUAUUGAUAGUAUUAAGAGUAUCGAGAGUUUGGAAUUAUAA